AUGGUGCCACACUGAGGAUGGCCGCUUCUGAUGGACGCCUAUAGUCGACUCUGAGAUUGCCUGAUGGUCCUGAGAAUAAUAACAAACGAUACUCCCCAUUCCACCUCCUUCAUGGAUAAACGUUGUCUGCCUAUUUCCCCGACGUUUUAGACGAAAUCUUGAUGUAAUUUUAAACCCUUUAAUACGAUCAGCUGAGCAAAUUCACUUGGAUUCCGAGUAACUUCCGAGUAACGUUACACUGUUUCGUAAUCAAACCGUUGAGAAUCAAACGCUAGGUUAGCUCGCGAGCUAUUUCCCUCGCACGUUUGGCUCUUUUUAACGCUUCCAGUUUUUAUUCCAGAGGUCGUUUUUUUUCGCCGAAACAGUUUUGGAUUGUCUGGAAAGGCGUUUUAAACAUUUAUUUAAGGGUGGCGCUGUUGAGUCAUGUCUGGGAUUGCUUUGAGUAGACUGUCACAGGAGCGCAAAGACUGGAGGAAAGAUCAUCCUUUUGGUUUUGUGGCAGUACCAACCAAAAACCCAGAUGGCACCAUGAAUCUCAUGAAUUGGGAAUGUGCAAUACCAGGAAAAAAGGGGACUCUUUGGGAAGGAGGACUGUACAAACUGAGAGUGCUCUUUAAGGAUGAUUACCCAUCUUCACCACCCAAGUGCAAGUUUGAGCCUCCAAUCUUUCAUCCAAAUGUCUAUCCUUCAGGCACAGUGUGUCUGUCCAUACUGGAGGAAGAGAAGGACUGGAGACCAGCCAUCACCAUCAAACAAAUACUGUUGGGCAUCCAGGAGCUCCUGAAUGAGCCCAACAUUCAGGACCCAGCGCAGGCAGAGGCCUAUACGAUAUACUGUCAAAACAGGAUGGACUACGAAAAGCGUGUGAGAGCACAAGCUAAGAGAUUCGCUCCUGCAUAGAGCGGCGCGUGCACAAUCUUCUAAAGAAAUUCUGCACAGAUGACCCAGAAUCCUUCACCAUUCAAUGGAAACCCCCCAAAAUGUAUUUGAGAUUUGUAAAGAUUUGUAAGAUUGUAAGGAUAAAGAUUUGUUCAAGCUGGCUUCAGCACAGAACUGAAUGAGA